AUGGAAUAUAGAAGAGCAAUUAAAGAUACUGAUAUAUCACAUAUAUUCUACUUACUAUCUAUUUAUUAUCAAAAUAGUUUUAGCAGAAUGACUAGAUAUGCAAUUAAUACAUAUAAUACAUUGAAUAAUAUUGAGGAUAUUAGACUUAGAAAACGUUAUCAAUCAUUAGUUAAAAAAUUUUUAAUGAUCGCAGCUGAUGGAGAAUAUAUGCCUACUGAACGACUUCUUGGAGAAGAAUUUUAUAAUGGCAAAUUAGGGUUCGGAAUAAAUAAACCUCUAUGGAUCGAUUUUCUAAGUAGUGCUUCUAAUAAAGGGGACAGAAACGCAAAACAGUUACUCCAGGAAAUAAAUAAUGUAUAA